AUGGCAGAUAAUGACAAGGACACAAAGGACAUUACGAAGUCCAUAUACGGCGCUGCACUUCUUCGAAAGCAAAUUAAGCUGGCCGAAGCGGAUCGUCUUCUCCUGGAAAAGCGUAGAUACUUCCAGGUAAGGCAAUUUAAAAUGUGCCAACUUUAUUUACCCAAUCUCCCAUCAUUGGUCAUGAGGAAGUAUUUCCCUUCACCUCUAAUUAUGCUUUUUAAGUAAUAUCGAGUAUUUUUCGGCCUAAUGACUCUUCUGUCCCUUAGCCUAUAACAACACCUGUUCACUAGAGGAAGUGGCUGUUACAUUCAAGCACAAGACUAGGUUUCCGAUUGGUCUGAGCUGCCACCGAGUUUUAUUUUUUAGCCCAAACAGUGGACUGUAGCCAGACGCUAACUACUGAUUAGAAUGGAAACAUAAGGAAAGUGGCAGUCCUGUUAUGUGAAGCCAACUUACGUCCUACCGACGAGAUUAAACUGGAAGGUUCCUACUCAAGAUUCACAUGAUGAAAGUCACCGAGCAUCACUUUAUGGCAUCACUCGUCUAGCCAGAUACUGAAGGUCCUUUAAAACUCUGGAACUUCAUGUACUGAUUGGCCGAUACAAAAAUAACCCUAUCACGGCUAUAUAGGUAAUAUUCAGUUGCGUACUUAGUUCAGCACUUUGGUUUAAUCCAUGAUCGAAUGUGUCUAAAUCAAUGAUACAUCUGUUGCUCUGUAAAAUGUUGUCUUGAACGCCAAACAAGAAAAUAGGGCACUAAAAGAAACUGUUUAGUUAUAUUUUCCGUUUUGAAAGGCAUGAAAAGUCAUAGUUACGAAGAAAACAGUAAUAUUUUGCGUAGCUCCAUAUUUCUGAUGUUGAAAUACCCUAUCCGUUUUUCUUUACAUCAUCUACUGUGCUAAUCUGAAUGCUAUUAUAUUGGGAACGAUAAAAAACCUGAUGCAUUUCUUGGCAUGACGUGCAAAGGGCAAUAUUAUCAGCUGAUAUUUCCCGUGGAAAUCGUUUUGCCGAACUUUAUUUCAACUAUGACAGAUAUCAAGGAUUGUGUUUGAAAUUCUGCAGCUGGUAAAAGUUGCCGCAUGUUGUUUCCGGCCGAUUUGUUGGCGCACAGUGACAAACACGAACUUCUGGUAUUGGUGACGGCUUGUAACCCGUUCAUAAAGCUUUUUUCGAGCGCUUAAGAAGAAGGGUAUUUGAGUGGUUACAACAAAUUUUAGUUUAAGUCUUUUUGAGUACCCCUAAGGCUCUUGGCGAGACUUUGUGUAGCCACACAAACUUGGCUACUUGCAUUAAUUUAGUAAACAUAUCAAUAAACAUUAAUGUAAACAAGAGUGCAGGCAAAGAAGCUUCAUUCUUGUUUUCGAUGGAAAAUAAAAUACACAGAUUCAUAUGGGCCGAGUAGGACUGCAUCAGGUAUUCCCAUGUCAAAAUAUGGGAUUUUUAGCAAAUUUGCAAUUCCAAGAGUAGUGCUGAAACUAGUUCAAACAUUUAUUCCCCUUAUAGGGAAAGUGUGUACGCUUUCUAAAACGCGUCCACAGGUGUGCGUGGAGUUUCAGGUGGAAUUUUACUUUCAUGGCAUUUAUUCUUCUAGUUAGUUGAAACUCCCAACUUGCACAAAGUCUGUGAAGGUCGAAUAAAGUUAUGCUCUUGAAGAACAUAUAUCACGAGGAGAGUCGUAAGCUCUAUAUCCAUCAUUUCAAUUGAGGAUGAAGCGUCACCAAAUGAAAAUAUCGCGGGAACGCUUGCUGCCGCUUAAAAGUUCUGGAAAAUUAAUACGAGGGAUUUGCUAAAACUUUAAAAGACUCCAGACAGUAUGAGAAACGUCGAUUUUGCCUAAAUUUUAGAUGCUUACCGGAAAAUAUAAUAGUAAUUUUAUAGAGUGAGGUCAAAUUGGUAUAAAAGAAAUAGCAGUAGGUAAUUUGGCAUGUAGGAAAGCAGGAUAAGUAGAUCCGGACUCCGUUUGCCUUGUCUAGCUCAAUUUUUUCAAGUCAGGGCGAUAGAAUGUACGAAUAUUUGAAAACGGGUUAGUUGAUUUAUUGGUGGAUCAGUUGGUUUUAAAGACCGUUUGCUGUUUCAUAACUAUGGUGAAGUGUUAUCGUCAAAUAGAGGUACGCUAGAAUGACCAUUUGUGUUUUAUUUCUCAUGAUCAGCCGAUCAUAUCCCUACACCGGACAGGCUUCUGAAAUUUGAAUCAGUGUCAGUUAGUCAUUGAGAGCUUUUAGGGCAUAUAAUCACCGAUUUAGGCUGCUGACCAUAGUUGUGCCAAUUAGGUUCAGAGCCACCGAAGAUUUCUUGACAGCGGUGUUCACCCAUCUUCCAUAACCGCAGAAUUUGAACAGUUAUUCAAGUUCUUGUUCGGGUGUAGAGCUUAUGCACUUGGUUGUGUGGUAGUUGUUAUUUAAAAACCGAAAAGUGUAGAUAAGUAACCUAAAUUUUGCAAUUUCUACUCUAGAAUUGAAAGUUAUAAAUGUUUGCAAGCUUUGGGGACACAGCGGACUGCCUUGACGUUAGACAUUGACAAAAACGAUUGAGGGGGGAGAAUUCAAGAACAACUUAGAAAAGUAAUCAAUUGUAUAAACUUCAGAUGAACGAGAUUUAACCUAAUUAAAAAAAUAGCGUGUGUGGAAAUUCCAGCUACUAAGCUAAAAUCUUAGCAAAUUUUGCAAAUACCCACUUCCUCUCUAUGCAAAGCAUUAUUAAAACGGGCAUAAUGCUCGCCGUCUCGAAUCAGGCGAAUUUCAGCUCAACGAAAUGAGAAUGUACAGAACCUUAGAGUGGAGCAGACGAAGAAUUCUGACUCUAUAAGCCAACGAGAAUCGUCUCCGUGAGCACAGACCAAGAAGAUUCUUGGUCCGUAAUUACUCAGGAUUCCAUGGAUUUCUUCAAGUUCGAGGGUUUGUCCUGUAAACGGGGUAGAAGCUGCGUAAACUCCUAGGGGACUCCCUCAAGAAAUGUCCUCGUCUGUUUGUCGAUUCUCCGCAGCAGUGUUUACUUCCCAAAAUAUUCAAAAUUCAGGGGUAUCGUUUGCUUUUUUUGCACAGCCCAUUGAUGCAGUAUUGACAGAGCGUAUACGAUUCAAUGGCAGUUUGUUGUGGAUGAAAGUAAUAUAAAGGACAGAAAAUCGCACUAAAGGUCUCGUAACCUCUGGGGCCGCCAAUAAAGCAUAAACGAAACUGGCAUUAACCACUGUUCACCGUAAUCCUCCUCCUCGUCUGCACCUCUAAGAUUUUCCCUUGGCCUUAGCGCAAAAUCACUGCCAGCACAGCCAGACGCACAAACCUCACCAACCGACAACUUGAGUUACGUGACCAAAUGAAGAAAUUUGAGGGUUUUGUGCGCGACAAUGAGGCAAAGCGUGUUCGAGCGAUCUCCAAAUAUCAGACUGAAAUGUACCUCUGCAAAGUCAGGGCGCGUGAGGAGGCUGAUCUGAAAACCGAACUCGCUCGAGUCAAACAAGUGUAAGUUAUAGGCAUUCUUUCGACGUCAUUUCAUGAAUACAUUACUCUGCCAGAGGUUACUGGGGAGGAGUCAUUUUGACCCAGUCCUGGCCUUUUCACCUGCUCUGUCCUAAGGUCCAAAGGUGCAAGGGCAAUUUCAGCGCCAGUAACUAGAACGUCUUUAAUUUAAAAAAAAAUAAGUGAAACAACGCGGAAUGUGCACUGUUCUCCCUAUGUACUGGUCAUUUACUAGGCUCUUUGUACAGUAUAUGUCAUAGUCAUACAAAAUGAGCCCUGGAGCGUGUAGUUACGAAAUGCGUCUCUGGUAAACCGUGGUUUCUCGACGCACUUCUAGGACCCGAGCCAUACAGAAAUCAUGACUGUCAAAAUGUCUCUGCAGAAAAGCUGCUGUGCUCUUGCUAAACAACAGGAGCCAGUUGAGCUGGAUUUUAUCCUAUUGUUAGCGUUUUCUGUUUUGAAAUUACCCCUUUAAAAAUUCCUUGUUCCCUCCCCCUCCACCAAGCGGCAAAUUAUGAGCCAAAUUCAGCGGGAGGUCUUUUUUCGCUGGUCUGAUAUAGCAGACAAUUCAGAACACUUGCGACGGCUGAACCCAGAGCAGUCUGAAAGAUUUAUUCAGAAUGAUACGGUAGUAUCAAGUUAGUCCUACAUAGCCUCCUAGCCUUGUCUGAAAGAAACCAUAUUAGGAAAGGUAGAAAGUGCCUGCAUGCAGUUCGCGAAGGUCAUGUUGAGUAGUUGUACACUACAGUGAACAGUCCUGCUGCUAUCAACUGGUUACUGAUCUCUAACUAUGUACAACUUGCCUUUAGAUUUUCCACGAAAUCUAUACAAUUCGAAAUCAGUCACUCCGGGCUGAUUCAUAAACUCUCCACGGUGGAUAGUACACGUAUAAUAGCAAAGAUUCCAGAUGAGAUACUAGUUAUGGAUUUAAAUGUGUGUUUGGCAAACAAGAGUUUCGUGUAGAUUUCGUGUCUUAAAAUUUGUGUACUGUUCCUUCUUUUUCCUGAGAACUGGAAACUACUUAAGAUUCAGGGUGCUACUGUCCCCACCUGAUUAGUCACUUCCUCUCUGGCAUUAGCCAGGUUGUCAGACGAUUUUGUGCAUUUUGAUAAUUUGCAAUUUAGGCGCGAGAAAACCAUACAUAGGUUAAUUUCGGAAAAACGAAACUUAAGUCCUGAAAACUGGAAACUGACACUCCUGGUUCUUAGCUGAGAGUAAAUUUUUAUUGAUUUAUUAAAUAUAUCCACUCUGUCCAGAUGUUUCGUUCUGAAAAUUAACCAAUCAUACCUCAGGUCACUUUUACAAAAUUUAUCUGAACAUUUCCAUGUAAGGCGGGCUUCUUAUUUUCUUUAUGUUGAUCCUGUAAGAGAGAUAUAGCCAAAAUCUGGCGUAAAGCAUAUUCCUGAGCACUGCAGUAGAAUGUCCUGUGUUUGCCUUUAAUUUACAGUUGUGCAGUAAGGCUCGAAGUCUAAGUAUUCAGAAACUAGACCGAUGAGCUUUUGGUCGAGUAUACUAAUAGUUCCGAAAUGUUGUGCAUUCUAUCCACAGGUAUGAAAAAAUGAAGAAGAAGGUGCAGCAAUACAAGACCUUCGAGGAGUAUCUUAUGCAAGUGAUUGACAUGCUUCCACCAGGUUGGUGAUUCAUUUGAAUUAAUUUGUAGUUGAGUUAAUUAGCCUCAGCAUAGCUAACCUCACUCUGCGCAAUAGCACUACAUUAGAUUAAGUACAUCCGAUGGAUAUGUCGACAGCUUCACCGUGACAAGCGAUGGCGUCAACCGUAGCCUCGCAGGUUGAGUGCAGCACCGGUUAAUUGCAUGUGAAUUUAUUUAUGCCGUCGCGUCUAGUCCGCUCUCUGCUCUCUCACCCGCCUUAUUCCACAAAUAAGACAAAGUCAAGAUGACCGAAGAUGGGCGUAGGGACAAUGGUCGACAAGGCUGAAAAGUCCGUCUACGCGUUCCUCACACGACCCAGCCUCUGCUGCGUGUACCGGAUUCCUACGACUUUGGCUCGGAGCUCACGUAUGUGAGAUUGCUAUAAAGGCCAACGAACGAAAAGGUCCUUCGGCUGGACUCCAGUCACUCCAAUGAACUCAUAAUGUGAACCAGGUUGUCCCGUCAGUUGACAGCCAUCCGAGCUACGACCCUACCGGGCGUCAGAUUCAUUAUUAUGGAGGAAUUCACCAAUAUGCUGCGAGGAUGGAUUCCCUGGUGUUGUCCCCAUCCCCUCCUUCCUCUACCGUGAUUGUUUGCGCCUGCCAACCAAUGGGUGCUAGGAUUGGGCUGUGUGCAGACCUGCCUUUUAGGAGUACCACAAACGCAUUUACGGCGGUGGUUGAGAUCUCACAUGGACACAGCCAGAUAAACGCGUCCUGCGAGCUGAUAUGAUCUCCGAUUUAGUCUAGCGCGUCCAUAGCGCAGCCUGUUUUGAGCCAAGAUGGUUAAGUAACAAGUUUGAGUAUAAUCGUUUGAAACAGUGUGCGAGGACCCACGCCUGGAUGCAGCGCUGAGUUUCAUGUCAGACUCCUUUUAAGGAAUAACCUAGCUACAUGGGAACAUUUUAUUGCGGGUGAUGUUGGAGUAGGUGAGACGAGGGACACCAGCUACUGGGAACGUACUAAAUACAUCAUUUGUAAUCACUUUUGAUCAUAAGGGACGGGUGUGGGUACCCCAAAGUCUGGCUCUGUACUGUGAAUAUCUGAUUUUGGUUUGACAUAGCCACCUACUUUUCUUCAGGUCUGAAACUUCAAAUUAACUUAUCGACUAUGACGGUGCGUUGAUCAUAACAGGUUAGAAGGUUAUCACGGUCAUUACGAAUGCGCAGGAGGAGUAAAGUUUUUUGGAUCCAAAAAGACUUCCGAUUCCGAGGGGCCUCUCUCGGUCCCGUUUAAAGACAGCGAUAAUCAACGAAUACCCCGAAGAUUUCGGGUUUUCGUCAAAUGUCGAAAUCCUGGGUGCUCAUUGGCCGCCGUUUCAAUUUUCAAUCUAAGUUAUCUGACCUCGUGCACCAAACAUGCAUGUAACGUGUUAACUUAAAAGGCAGUUACGAUCUCAAUAAACAAAUGUUUGAGGAAGAAUGACGUUAGAGACGAUGAAGCCCAUGAGGGACGAACAAGGGGUCACUGCAGCAAGAUUCGAUCACCGAAAACAUACUCUCAUAUCAACUGUCCAUUUCUCUGUCGUUAGACUUCCUCCAAUCAGUGAAAAUGCUGCCGUAAACGGUAUCUCAGUCGAAAUUCGCACAGGCAGCCCACCAGUAGUUGCUCGAAGGUGGCAUGAAUGAAGUAAAGAACGAACUGUGUCACAUUUCAUGCGAUUAGAGUACAGAGGUUCUUCUGCCUUCUCUCCAAAAUGCAAAUGAAGUUGCAUCUUAUGUAGCAUAGUUGUAACCUGACUUGACACCGCUAGAUAAUCGGUCACGGCCACCACGCUAAAGUUCCAGAUCGCUUUGGUUGUUCUAAAUCAUUCAAACGAAUACGGUUUUCGGUGGUUGAGGCUGGAAAGUAUACCAACUUGUGUUAUAGUCUCAAUGGAUCUACUAUCGAAAUUUAUUAAUUACCCCGGCACGUACUGCGAAACGUCAACAGAUUGCUUCAGUGAUCCUUCACCAUUAGCCCCCCCUGAUGGAUUCGAUUUUAGGUAUACCUCUGCCAAAAUCAUGACAUCGGACUUCCUUUUCCACAUAAGUAGUUCGGUUUCAUCUAAUUUAUCUCCACAGGUUGUCUUAUAUCGUACGACCGUCACUGUCUAUACAGCCUCACUGCGUCCCCGUCUACGUUACCCACUGCUCCUUAGGGUUUAACUGAAAAUAUCUUGCGAAUGUUGGAUAUCUGCUCCUUCGGACAGGAAAAUAAGCGACAAGAAGAUACUUUUAAACAUGUUUUUUGCGACGCACAAUUUGUGUACAUCUGUGCGACUGGAUUCCUCUGAUUAAACUACGCACAAUAUCUGUACGCACCCCUUCCCUCCCUUUCCACAUCCAGUCGUAUAAAUAACAGGGAAGUAGAAGAAAGUUGGACCUUUGAGAAACCAACUACAUUUAUUUGAUCUUUCCCACUCAUUUUCGAUGCCGUUCUAGGAGAACGAGUUGUUCACAAGUCUACCACUUAUUUGUACCAGACUGGUCCAGUUCAGGCAUUGGACGGUUUGCUCUCGGGAUGACCGUCUACAACCCCGUGCCUCGAGGUCUCUCUGCUAGAUGAGUUGGCGUCUGUGUCAGGCUCCCGUCACCAACCAGCCACUUUGCAGAGCUACCUGUCGAUGCGUCUUCAGUAGGCAUGGUUGCGUGGAUUAGUACCUGAGGACAAGUCCCGAUAUGCCAGGGGGCUCCGUUUUAUACUGACAUCGACCCAGUCUAUUCUUGAUCUAUUUUCGUUGGAGAGCCCUGCGUAAAGGGUGAUAUAAUGGUGAAGAUUCCAAAAGACGAGUUAUGAAAUUGAUCUUUCCCCGCAUCUGCGUCAUACGACGACUCUAAAUCGAUGAAGCCCAUGUCAGGGAUUUUAGAUAGCAGGCGCGCUGUCAGUAUGGCGAACUGUUUGAUUAAACUGAGGUCAGCGAAUCAGGGCUUCUGUAACAACCAGCUUACUUUGGCGCAGUCCCUUCCAGUUAUAUCUACCAGAGCGAAGUCGAUGCGACUGAUGUCCUCCACUGUUAUUAGUAACUUUUAAAGGCGUACAACACUGUCCUACCGUUUUAGAAUUUAUCGUUCGUUUAAUUAAUUCGAUUUGAAGAUAAAUUGUGUCAUCCUGCGCGGCAAAUGGGAACCAAAUGUUUUCACCAGUCUAGUUUUCUUUAGACAGCAAAAGUAAGCUCUGAAUUUGCGUAGUUUCUCCGUAUCUGGAUAGUUAGUGUCAGCAUCAUCGUCCUAUGCGCCUUAUCUACGCCUGACGGUACAUUUCGGAACGGUCUUGGCUCAUUCUAGUGCAUGUUUACCUGUGUUACAGGUAACGCUGUUGGUUCAAAGCCAAUAUUUAGGGUCCUAACAAAAAGGAACGCAAUCCUACUGGCUCGUAAUAGAACAAUACUCAACUAAUACUCGGAAAACAUUGGUAGAAGAGGGUGGAGCAAAGAGAUUUGCGGAAGCAGUAGCGCAAUUGCUUUAAUAGACUACUAUGAUACCUUUGGAAACUUGUGUACCCUGCUUCCUGUUCUUUUAUCGUCUUUCUUAGCUAUAUAAACAAAAUCGAAUGCUUUAGCACGUUAUGAUCGUGGGUCUACUUACUUUUUACAGACUACAUCAAAAUCGCGGACAACGUUCUCGGUGGUCUGAUUAUGCGAUAUAACACUCUUUAUGAAACCAAUAUUUCCCUCCUAAAGGAGAUGAACGAAAAAUCAGAACAGGUGAGUUGCGUUUCAGUACAGUCGGCAUGACAACCAAGAAGGUAUAUGAAAAUUAGCGAACGACGAAUCUCGCAUAAACAGCCACUGAGACGUCACAGGAUACCCCAGGUCGGCCAAUAAGCGUUUUCCCAAAACGAAAACUAGAUAGUUUACAGCAAGUACUAAGGAAUGCGUACAACAUAACUAGGAUAAGCUGUUACUCGUGGCAAUUAAUAUUCCAAAAUCAGACCGAUUCAUCACUGGGCAUAGGGCAAGCCUCUGUAGGAAAAGAUACGUUUUGAGAAUAUAAAAGAGCAUCCGGUUUCCGGCGGUCUGAAUAUUUGCAUAACGUCGGGCUUCCCGUGCGAAAAGCACCUAGAAUAGUUCAAGCGUUUCUCAGGUCACGAGUCUCCGGCUCACUAGUUCCAUCCUUGUAUCUAAUUAGCAUUUCAUACUGCUUACAGCUUUUCAACACUACCUUCCAAUAGGCUGUCUUCACGUUUAAAGACUCAAUGUUGAAUAAGUGCGCACAAAUUUCUAGUGCCUGAAUAAGAGUUGACAAAAGUUUGUGUCGUCAUUCUCAAUUGUGUACAAUUACUAUCCUUCAGAAUGACAAACAUUGAUUUGGGCACUCGAAAGAGUGAGAUUUUUAUUUGAAACUAUCGCGUGGUGCUUACAUUCAUUCAUAUAUCCUGAUUUUAGGACGGUGAAGGAAAUGUUAACUGUCCUGGCUGUAUAGGUGCCACGGAAACGACGUGGGUAUGAUGAACAACGCCUUGGGUUCGAGUUUCGAGUACCCACCUGGGAAUCUAAUAUGACAGACUAAUGAUCGCAAAUAGACCUGAAAUGAUCAUUCCAGUUUCCUUUUUUUGUAAGAUGUGGUUUGGUGGUCCCACCUGAUGGACACAAUACUGUUGGGGUUGGGCUUAAGGAUUAGAGGUUAGAGUUUAGGAUUAGGGAUUAUAAUCAGAGGUUUUGCAAACAACUAAUUGACCUCGUCGUCUAAGCGUUCCCCGGCUCCAUCUGUAAAAACCCCUAUUGCCACCGGUCCCGUAUUAGAGGUGACUGGGUUUUGUUUACUUCAGGUGGGGCUACAUAACGACAUCUGACCCUUCUUUUUGCCGGUAUUCCUACAGUUGGAAUAAUUAAGAAGGCAAGGGAAGUGAAAAAUUUACACAAACGGGAAAAAGUCGGGAGAAAAUUAGCAUCGAGCAUUAGCACAGAUGACAAAUGUGUCUUCGAUAACUCCGUUGAAAAAAGACCUACCGCAGAAACGUGGAGUCGGCGGAUGAGUUCCACCUAAUGCCACGCAAAUCUCCCUAAUUACGGCAAGUAUAUUCCCAUCGAUUUAGAAUUCAAGGAAAUUCCCUGAAUAAAAGCUGCCCUGUGAUUGUGCCCGGUAUACCUGUCCACCCUCUGUAAAUGGGAGCGAGCUAUAAAACUGGGCAUUGGUUCACCUGAAUACACUAUCGUUUUAGUGACCCUGAUGCCUUCCGUAGGGCAUAUUCUUUCAUCUUCGAGGCUGGGAGGUUGCAAAUUUCCUCCCUCUUUUUUGUUAGUUGUAUUUUUUUAUCCAGAGUAUCACUAAAUCAGUUUUCAACAUCAAAAGGAUAUGGACCUGCGAAAUGAUGGUCCGCGGCCAGUGUACAUUUUGAUAGCUAACACAGUUCUCAAUGAGGUUUCCACCAAAACGACCUUUUUAACGCCAUCAUUUGAUUAGGAAAUAAUAUUCAUGACCGAAUUCCCAUUUGUGUGCGAUCUUCCGACGCAUUAUAUAAAAUAUUGGAAAAAAAGGAGAAAGUUGAAAUCGAGGUUUCACUCAUAAAUCUUAUCAAGACUUUUCGGGUGGUGAGUCUUACGUUGUUCAAAAUUACUAACGAAAAUCUUUUUUUCUCCCUGCCUGAUACUGUCACGGCAGACAUUCUCAAUGAAUUCGAGGUGGCUUGAAAAUGACUUGGCUCUUACAAUACACACAAUUUUCCACUGACAUCUUGAUAACCGACAUUCUUGCCAUGUAAUCUCUGUGGAUGGGAGAUGGUACUGACAAGAACAAAGGACAUUACGGUGAUCGCUUCUGACGCGUCUAUCAGAGUCAGCAAGCCAGAUCGAGUGACUGGUAUCUCGGGCCAGGGUUAGUUAAUCAUACAGUAUUUUUAAGGCCAAAUGCUCUCCUACACGGACUGCGAGUCCACGACCCGUCGGCAGAGAUGGAAUAUUAUCUGGCUUUCAAACUCGUUUGAUUUGAUCUGGCAAUCAAGUACUGUGUUGCAAACUCUUUCAAUGGGAAACUGAGCCUCUCAAUACGCCUUUCGGCAGCUUCCCGCUCUUUUUCACUACUUGUUAAAAGCAGAAAAAGUCAUGAAUGAAUGCGAAAUUUCGAGUUCCGGUUGUAUGCAUAAGUGAAGAAGAGUCGAGCACCGGAACACUUCGUUUAUUAUCCUGAGCUUUCAGACUCGUACAGGAGUCCAUCUUCAGAGGUAGUGGCAGAAACAGGAUAGGCGGCAGUUAUAAGGCACGUAGGCCCAAUCAUCGGCCGACGUCGCACGACUGGAGGUGACUACGAAGGGCUCUGUACGCCGGCGCCAGAUCGAUAAAUCGAUUAACCGAGUUCUCAUCCGAGGCCCAGGCUUCAAUCAAUUCUCGGCCUGCUUUGUUUCCGGCGUGGACGACUAUUUUGGUGGCUGCGAAGUCAAACUCGUGACCCAUUUCGUAGGUGUGGGCGGCCACUUGUGAUAAUGCGUCGCCUCGCCGCACAGCCAGCUUGUGUUCGUGUAUGCGUGAUCCGAGCAUGCGUCCAGUCUGUCCUGUGUAGUUACAAGGACAAUUUUGACACGUAAUGCGAUACAAUACUCCAGAUUGCUCUUCAGGUUUUAACCAGUCUUGGAUUUUCAUGAUUCCAGAUUGCUCUUCAGGUUUUAACCGGUCUUGGAUUUUCAUGACCCCGCCGCGGAGAUAACGGGCCUCACGUGCUCUGUCCUCCGGUUUACUGCAAUGUCUUUUGAUUCGUUUGAAGAGCGUCUUCACACAGCUUCGUUUGUGAGCCACCGGAUGGUUGCUGUGAAAACUGGGAAGCUGUGUGGAGUUCGUAGCCUUCCUAUAAACAGUCGUUUCAAGUUCACCGUUAAGGUUUCGUCUGGCGAGCACAUCCAGGAUGGGCAACUGCUGUUCCUGUUCAUCGUCCCUCGUGAAUUUUAUAUCAGGGAAGACUGCGUUGAGCAGGCUGUGGAAAUGUUGCAGCAUGUCCUUCUUCACAAUGACGAACGUGUCGUCAACGUAACGGCGCCAAAACACCAGUUCAUAUUGGAGGAAAGCAAUCUUUUCUAACUCCUGUAGGACCAGUUCUGCCACCAAACCGGAGACCGGUGAGCCCAUUGGGGUUCCACGAUGUUGAGUUCUCCUCUCUUAGGAUAUCUCAAUAAAAAUUUUAGGUGGCUUCGUGAAUCCAAAGAAAGCUUUCUGCGAAAAUCUACUCAGAAGGGUAAAAGUAUAUUCUAAGCCACACAACUACCAGUACUUUAGAUUGUAACAUUGUUGGAUACUUAUGCCGUAGGUUUAAGAUGAGGUAGGCGAGGAAGUCUAAUGAACUUCGAAAUAAAUGUUGGGGAGUACAGACUGCAAUCCAGUUUUCUGCCGGGGCCUAUAUUUUGGCAAUAUUCCAGUUAACAGUCUAGUUAUAAUUUAUUAAAAACCACAUAGUGUACCUACGUCAUACGUACCCUGGUACAAGACAGUGAAAGCGGAAGGAUAAUGCGUUAGGUACUCCAUUCUGAAGUGAAAUAAUUCUGUGGCUUAUGCCUUAUUCACUUCAAAAAACUGCUUUUUCUGGUGUCCAACUCAAGUAUAUCCUUUUAAAUUUCUGAUAUGAACUAGAAUUUCAAGAAAACCUUUCCAUGGCUAUUCGGCUGUAUGCGAAAGGAAGGCACGAGUGAAGCUUGUCUCAUUUGUGGGGCAGAGCGAGGCGAAGUGCCUGAUUACCUGCCACGCCUAAUCGCACCUCAUGCUCACUUGAUUAAGUCGCGACCCUACAGAAGGAGAGGGCGGAAAUGGGGGCAGGGUGAGGAGGAUACGGAGUACACUCCAAGCAAUGCGAAUAUGAACUAUCAUGAUUCCUCGGAAGUGGUGAAUUCGAAGGAUGUCAAGGGACAUGAUGCUGGACAUAGAAAGCCUGGUUAAAUUGACGCCGUUUGAUAUCAGUGAUGAAGAAAUAGUACGUAGAAGGCAUAGAGGACUGGGAUUGUCAUCUAUGGCUUGUGUGCGAUCACCAAUAGACCAUAUAGAUCAUGAAGACCGAAGACUCGCAGCCGGAAUGCUUUUUAACCGCGCUAAGAGACCUGGAAUAUUUACUCACAUCGUGUUAAUGACUAACAUGAAAAGUGGAAGUCAUAGUGGCCUAACUGGCCAUGACAGGCAAGCCAGAAGCAGCCGUGGCAACGGUGGGGUGAAGAACCCCAAUCAACUGUUGUUCUACUGUGAAACGUGCCAUACAUGAAUAAUGGCAAUGGGGAGUUUUAUGGGCGGGGUAGGACACCGGACAGUAAGCUGACGAAAUGCAGGAAAAUAUAGAAGACUGCCGGUAGCAAAGACGGCCCUUUUAAGUAAACUAAUGGGUUUAUGCAGACACGGUAUCCAGGCGGAUAUUCCAUGACCUCCCAUCUUGAAAUAAUGUCGGAACAUCGGACAACUGAGCCUAUCUCCUGGCAGUCAUUUUCGUUGUCCCUCGAUUCGUGCUCGAUUGACCCUGCAGUGGAUAUGAGCCAUAUUGAAAACGUUAAAACCAACGUAAGUAAAUGCAGAAACACGAUGUUUUAUGAAGGGGUAUUUCACGGUCUUAAAAAGUCUCAUAAUUCGAAACUUUUUGGAAACCGAAUUAUACCCUUCUUUCGAGUAUAACAUUUAAAAAGGAGGUAAUGUUCUACAAACGAGAAUAAGUAUGCAUAUUUUUAUGCAUGUUUACAAUGAAAUAUACUUGAAUUUAUAAAAGCAUCGAAAAUCAAUGAGAAAAAUUCAUGGUAAUCAAUAAUUAUUCUUUGCAGCGUGUGGAUUUUUGAAGUGGCCGGAAAAAAGCUCGUUCAAAAGACGGCAACCCGAAGUGACUGAAAUAUCUCGGGAGUAUGCUUAAGGUUGAUUAAUAUUAAAUCGCUACUUAAGUAAUUUUUCUGAGUCGAAAACGCAUUUCGGUUAACAUUUCACGAGUUAGCAGAUCUACUGCACUUGCGAAAUCUAGUCAAGUACUGAUGACUAGUAGCUGCAUUUAAUUACACAGAAGAAAAAAAGCAGACCAAUCGAGCACGAAUUUAGGGAUAACUGAAACGACUGCCAGGAGAUAGGCUCAGUUGUCGGUGGUCCGACAUUAUUUCAAGAUGUAAGGUCAUGGAAUAUCCGCCUGGAUACCGUGUCUACAUACUUUCAUUAUUUUACUUAAAAGUGUCGUUUUUGCCACCGUCAGUCUUCUGUAUUUUCCUGCACUUCGUCAGCUUACUGUCUGGGGUCCUACCCCGUCCACAAAACUCCCCAUUACCACCAUUCAUGUAUGGCACGAUUCACAGUGACCAACAGUUGAUUGGAAGUCCUUCACUCUACCGUUACCGCAGCCGUUCCGGUCUGCCUUAUUGUCGUCCAUAAUAUGCAUUCAUUGUUGAGUUCUCAUCUCUGCGCACUCACCGGUGGCAGAAAAUCUAAGGCAAAGUUUAACAGUCAAUUUCAGAUCAAUGUCAGGUAGAUAUCUGAUGCCAGUCUCAAGUGAAUUUGACCGCCAGCGCCUGUAACUCGAUGACCAGAGAGUCCAGGUUAACGCCUGUGAUCUUUAGGAUUCGGGAUCAAGGUUCGGCUGACUGAUGACACUAACCAGAACCUGCCACUCAACACCUUCGCGACAAAUCUAAAUAUAGAACCGAGCCAGCACAACGCGUGGUUUGUUUAGAGAGAAACCAGCAUUCGUGGACUGCGCUAGAAAUGGGAUCGAAUUACCAGCACGCAAGUGCGCCCACUCCUCCCCCUCAGUCAUGCGUCUGCCUCUUUAUAAUAGGAUGCGACAGUCAGCGCAUUUGGUUACGUAAGCCUCAAUCCUCUUUUAUGUCGACAUCGGCUAUUGUAUAGUAGCACUCUCAGCGGCAGAUAAGAAAUUUAGAACAAGUGCAUGCCGCUACCCCCAGUCAUAGCGGAUGCUUUUUAUCGAGGUGGGUUGCCCAGGUUAUCCUUUGAAUGACUGGUCAUUUGACCUUUUAUCUAAGGGCAAAUGAUGCACAGUAUUUCCGUAAAUCUAGGUUUUUACUAAUUAUGCGUACUUUUAAAUUCGAAUUAGGCUGUUACUGAUAUACUCAUGAGAUGCGGCCAAAAUUGAUUUAUUGCAAACAGCUUUAUCGUACAUCUUAUUAACCUGCAUGGACAGGUACUUGCGCACUUUAGUUCAAAACUGUGAAAUUCUGGGCUCGAAAACCAAACCAAUAAACGUAACAGCUCAGAAGGACAAUGUCUAAGACCUGUUAGAGGGAUCAGUAAUAAAGCCGAAACAGCUAAUAGAGCCUUCCUUCAUUACGGCGUGAUAUGCGUGCUAGAAAAUCCCACAAAUGUUUCAUUCUUCAUAUUAGUAUAAUCCUCACUUUAUCAGAAUGAAACCGGGCACAUUUAUGGUUUUUUCUUCCUUCUCCAGCGACUAUGUGCUUGUUUCCAAGAGCACCACAAAGAAAACUGGAUGCUCACGGAUUGUUUAGAGGGCACAGUGUUAUUUAUACCCCAGCGGGCUGAUUACUGACUGAGUAGAAUGGUUAUUUAAGUAGGUAGCUUGAAAGCAAACGAGUACGACUGCCGACUCAGGAUAUAAGAAUGAGGAAAUUCUGACAGGCUAGAUAUUUGCUGUUUAACUUUGAAAAACGCCGGCAUCUCUUUUCCAUGCACAACAGUUACGAUGUGGAGAAGUGGACAAAUAUUGUUUUGAUUAAGAACAGCCUUUUUCACUUAUGACUGUCCACAAACUACGCAAAGUCGUGAGCAGUUAGCGCAAAUCAGACUAUCCCGGAAGAUUCACUUACCGCAAAAUUGGUGUGGUUAAAAUACUAAAGCUUACUGUCAUAUUGGAUUAACUAUGAAAUGUCACGGAGGACUCACCUUUUACCCCACCUGCUCUCAGAUCCGAGAGGCUCAUGCCAAAUUGGUUUCCCUGCGCGAGGAACAUGCAAGUCACAUUCUCACGCUGAAUUCGGAGCUUGCGGCCCUCUACACCAAACGCGAACGCAGAAAUGAAAGUUUUCAACGCCACGAACAGCGAUUUAACAACACCCACCGAGAACUGAGAGCUCAAGUGGGUAACUGUUCCCCAACUUUCGAAUCGUAUCCAUUGAGUAUAUCUUAAUGCAUAUUUACUUUAAAGUGCGUUUUGAAUAUUCGUCAGGAAUCAUUAAACAAAGUUGUAAUGAGAUGGGAAUGGAUUUACCAUGUUCUUCUUCGAUUUUCAUGCUAAAACGCGAAUAAAAUAAUUUCAACGUCGAUGAGAUAAAAGCAACAUUUUGAUGCUUCUGAGUCUCUUAAUAAGUUGUAAACUUGGCAAGUACUGGUCCUCGAUUCACCACUUUCCAAAGUCCCAGCACACAGUUCGCCGAUGUGCGGCGGCAGUAUACAACUGCGGGGAGCUUUGGCUCAUAAGUGGGUCUCUUAGCAUUGAUCUUCUGGUUUCUCGCAUGAUUUCAUCUAACCCCAUAAGUCUUUGACAUGGAGGGGUUGCCAGUGAAUGUUACAUGACCGCCUUUUAUCUUUAUUGCCGCAAAGAUGGCAUGGCUUGUUCGGCCUCCUCUUACUAGAUCACGCUUUAGUUAGUGUGUGCAAAACCAAGAGCAGUUCCAAAACAAAAGAAACAAUUUUUACUACAAUCGGCAUUUGUUGCAGCUUUAUUACCACUUAGGUACUUUUAUAAGUUGUUUUUGUGUCCGAAAAAUAUGCCUAAUAUGUACUUGUUUUGCCCUGAAUGUCCUAACUUUUGGUCUACUUAUUUAUCUCGAGACAUGAAUACCGUAAAAGGUUACGCUGGAGGGCAUCUGAAGAUUGUGCGCAAUUCAUUCAUGCCGUUUUAGUCAGUAUAAGUUUAUUGGGCAAGGGUAUGAUUUAUGGCCGGGUUUACUUACUCCCGGGAGCAAUUGUGCCAAGAGGAAAUGUCUGACGACAUUUAUUUGUACAUGCCAGAGAAAAAAAUAAAAAGACCUCGAGGUGGCUGUUACAUGAGGGUGGUUAAGAUACUUAAGGUAGUCAUCAGAAUUGAAAUACGACAACACAAUACCUUUUUGACAAUGUCUGCAAAGGGGCAUUAAAUUAAUCUACUAUUAUUGUUAAGUGGCAAAAAUAAUGUUUCCUUUUGAUUGGUGUCAAUAUGGAGGAUCAAAAUUUGUGCUACCGCAAAGUCCUUAGAUGUUCAGCUCUUUUGCUCAACACAAAAGCUCCCCGGAGUAAGUAACUCCGGCCAUAAACCAUACAUUUGCCGUUUAUUGUUGUAGGAGUUAACAGUGAAUAGAUGGCACCAAUCGAUGAUACGAGUAACUGAGUAGUUUAUUACUUGAACUGAGCAUCCCCUAGAGCGUACAAUGAGACACAUGCAUAAGGUUUGCAUAGGGCCCGGUCAGCAACCAGUGUAUGCAUUUGCUUGCGUAUGACUGAACUUUCACAUUCAAAAAUUUCGAAGUUUUUAGUAACUCCUAUCAAAUUUGUGUAAUUAUUUACCAUAAAAACAACAAAAGUAGUAGUUAAAAGCCCAGACACGCGUGUUUCGCCGAUCUUGUGCCGCUGACUGACGCAGCGCGAGGGGUUCGGCUACUCAGUGGGUCCCCAGCUUCAUCCGUGUGUUUCCCGGUAUACGAACUCCAGUUUCAACUUGCCUCGUUUAAUUUCCGAGGAGUAAAUCCUUCAUAACAGACCUUUUCAGGCACAGUCCUAUCAAAUUGCAAACCGCUGAGUGCAGUUUUGCAACUGAGACCCCUGGCCGUAAUUUUCGAGAUGAGCAUUUUGUGAACAGUACAUUUAUGACGACAGGACAUCUCUGCCGUGGAUACAGGAAGAGCGCAGGUUCUUUAGUGAAAUAUUUUCCCCCGUUUUCUCUGAGCCUUCACGCAGCAAAGAGUACGUGCAGGGAGGGCUCCGGGAACGGUGGAAUGAAACCACCGAAUUAGAAGGCCCUUGGUUUCGAUCACAAAGAAAGUGCUUUCUGCUCGGAACUACAUUCUUAUUGACCCAAUUAUCUACCUACUAUUACGGGCAUUUACCUAAGUAUGCAGGACCUCUUGGUUUAUUGCAGCUCCGCAAAAAGCUGAUAGUCUACUCGUUUAAAACACGAAGACGUCAUAUUUGAAGGGUUAUAGACGGAGUACUUGGUAGCCGUAUUAUAAAAAAGCCCAGAGCCUUUUAAUUAGCUCUUUGUGCAACGAAUUUCUAAAGACCUACAAAGCGACUGAAGUGUGUAUGGAAACACAUGGAAUGUAGAUUCUAGCACUACAGAAUAUUGCUUGGCUGGCGCCUUCUACGAAAGUACAAAUUAUAUAUGACGCAGGGGUCACUGGGAUUGAUCAAGUUGAGCACCUGUUGUUUCGCGUGUCACGGCGUAAAACACUGACAAAAUUUGGUAGAUGGUCGGCAAGUAAAAUUUGUGCAAGUGUGGAUGAUGCGCAUAAAGCAAAAACCGCCUGACUGAUAUACACUGAUAACGCGUAAAAUCCGGGCAGAUGAUGAAUUAGAAAUGGAAUGAUUUCCGCGAACGUGUCUUUCAAAGUAUGGAAUGUGUUUUUAAACUUACAAAGUCCAGAAAUGAACGAAACUAACUUACCGGACUUCUCUGUCUGUGUUUUCUUUCGGAUUCAGCGCGAUACGUGGACUAGAUGUGAACUGGAACGUAUGCUUAUUACGUAGAAAGAGUCAGGGAAGGAACGAGGAAAUCCGAAGGACCUGGUUUCAGACUGUGGUAAAAUUCAACAGACGAAUCUAUCAUCCCCCAAGGGCUGCGUCUCAAAUAAAAAUGAUAAUCACACGCUCUAGGCCACGCUGACGCGUGAUAAGCGAGUUAUCGUCUGUGUGAUGUAUGUGACCUUACAAGUUGUCGCGCAGGCAUGACGUAACGCGAUUUUCCUGGAGAACGAUUUAGCCGACCAUCAGAGAAAACCUAACAAUUUACUUAACUCGUUGAAAUUCAUUUAGCUAAAUUUAUUUCUCUGAAGUUAUCAAGACAAAUUUUGUAAGGUACUCGAAGGCCGCAUUAUAAACAUUUUCACAGAAAGAAACCGAAAUUUUAGAGGAAAGAGAUUUGUGUGCACAGUCCUAUUUUUGACAGAAGGCGUUUAAUGGUCGAUUUAUAGGAUCCACUCGUUCCGCUGGGUGUCGGCAGCGGAUAUAGAGCCCCAUAGGCAGUUGCAGAGCGAAUGUUAAUAUAUAUAUAUAUAUAUAUAUAUAUAUAUAUUUGACAGAAAUGAAGAUGCGCGUCCUGGACAUAAAUGAGAAGAAAAGGCGAUCCCGGAAACCAUAGUUAUAUUGUCCUGACGUUUCAAAAGCAAACAAGCUCUCAUCGUCGGAGGUGGGUCUUGUACCGCGCCUCACAGUAUUUAUAGGUGGUGGCUAUCUUGUUACAACGGGUUUACCUCUCAUCAGGGGUCAGCGUUCGGACACUAGCGUCAUCGCACGUAUUUGCAUUGAUCUUAUUUCGAGUCUUAGGCUGGCAGUGAUCUUUGCGACCCCGCGACCGCUUGUGUUCUAACCUGCCAGAUAUGUGGAAGUGUCGAUAGCACUUUCGUCGGGUCCGUUUACGUUACUGCGACCGUCCGGUUUCUCGCCUGCCGGAAAAGUGGAUGAGGCGACUGAAGUGGCAAUCGCACCCUCGUCAGUCCCUAGUUAUAGUUCAGCUACGUGUGCGUCCCCCAUGGAAGGGGCCGUAUUUGGGUUCCUGUCUUGCCGUAACCCGCGUUUCUUGUUCUGUUCACUGAGCUGCGUCCGGAGGGCCUGGUAGGAUUUAGGAAGCGCUACACAGCGUUUGAUGGAGUUUGUGUCGGCAUGCCAGGCCUUGAUUGUUCCUCUGGUCAGGCGGUCAUUUCCUCGACCCAGGAUUUCAGCAUUCGGGAGGCGAAAGUGUGUCCAGCGUUUGCGCCGUGUUCUGCCACCAGAGACGACGAUUCCACCCUCCUUACUCCUCUCACGUACACGGGUCUGCAUUCGUUUGUCGGCCUCUCCAAUAUGGUUAAUUUCGCAGGAGUUGCACUGGAUAUGAUAAAUGGCAUUUGUUAUUUCACCGUGGGGCGGAGGGGUCUUAGGUCUCAUGAACGGAUAUCGAAUUGUUGACUCUGGCCGAUGGCCAAUGCCGAUUCCCAGUGGUCUUAGGAGAUAGGAUACCGCCUCAAAGACGCCGUCAAUGUAAGGAAGCGUUUGUCAUCUUCGAUUGGUCAGUGUAGAGUUUUUGUCGCCUAACUCCUGAUGUAGUUUGUCGAACUCAUUUGAAGCUGAUAAUGCUGUGUGCAGAUCCCCUUUUUAGUAUAACUUGAAGGGCGUUGUAGCCAUUUAUCGUCAACCCAGUCGUGGUAUUCAUCGUCGGCGGUUGUCGCGUUCUACUGAUUUUCGUCAAAAGUCAAAAAGGAUAGUCAAAUUUGGCGUUUUUAUUGUGCAGAGAAGUACAGAUUUUAUCCAAUUCCAACGAAUUCACUCGUUUUCAGUCAGUUUGCGGAGACCAUAUUUACCUGGCUUCCCUGUGGAAUGGUCGAAUGGUUGGUCCUUCGUUAUCACUCAACCGGCUUUGAGCGAGUCCACAUUAAUACUUUCGAUCAGUUAAUUUUCACCAACAGUAUAAGAACGUCGUCAAACCUUCCUGUUUUCGGGGUUCAGACUUUCACGGCGAAAGUUUUAGCAUUAGCAUUCACCUAUGGCCUGGUUAACCAUUAAGUUCCCGAAUGCAUAGUUAGCAUUUCUUACCUGUUCGUACAAAACACUCCCCAAUUGGUAUUUUUAUAUUAUAUACAGUUUGAAUUACGGGGAAAUGAAAAGUGAGAACUGUGCUGUCACUGUUAAUAAAUAGAACAACGGCAUAUAGUAUUGCGCAAAUGACGCCAAACAUACAAACAGCAAAGACACUGCAUUGCUUUGCACUAAUUUAGGAGUAACAGAAUACACUUCCUCAUUCCGAUUUAGCUCAGCCUCUUCGGGACUGUAAUCCGCUCCAUUGACAAUCUGGUAGGAAAAUGUGCCUGGCCCUACACAGCAGCUCCCGGAGAUCUCACGCUGAGUUUGAAACUCAAUCGAAUUAUGGUAAGUACGCAAUUAACAGACAUUGGUCGUCCCUUUACUGCCGUUCUUCAUCUAUUCACGAUAUGACUUUGUGCCUCUCAAAGUACAGCCU